ACACUGCGAAAUUAGGGCAAAAAGAAAAGAAAAAGAAAAGCGCAAGCCGAAACCCUCGCUUCGCCCUCCCCGUCGACGCCGCCUCCGCCGCAAACCUCGUCCCGCCCUCUCCCGCGGCAGCCGAGGCCGAGGCGUCGUCGGAGACCACAGAUCCGGACGGAUCUGACUGCGGGCGAUGUCGGGCGGAAGCGGCUCGUCCGGGCGCGCGGCCCCGCGGUACGCGCCGGAGGACCCGUCGCUGCCGAAGCCGUGGCGAGGCCUCGUUGAUGGCACCACCGGCUACCUCUACUACUGGAACCCGGAGACGAACGUGACGCAGUACGAGAAGCCCCUGCCCCCAGAGAACCAGCUCCCGCCGCCUCCGCCCCCGCUGCCUCCCCCGCCUCCUCGGAGCCGCGACCGCCGCGACAGGUCCCGAUCCCGCUCCCGCAGCCCGCCACGGCGUGACCACAGGGACAGGGAUCGCGACCGCGACCGGCGCCACGACGAGCACGCGUCUUCCAAGUCGGCGUCUUCCCACCACCAUCCUCCUCUAGUCGCUGCCGUCGCUCCCGAUGACCCGUCUACUGAGGCAUACCGCCGCCGCCACGAGAUCACAGUCACCGGGAAUAACGUGCCUGCACCGAUAACUUCGUUUGAGGCUGGUGUUUUCCCAUCCGAAAUUCUCAAGGAGAUACAACGUGCUGGAUUCGCUAGCCCAACACCAAUACAAGCCCAGUCAUGGCCAAUUGCCAUGCAGAGUCAAGAUGUUGUAGCUAUUGCGAAGACGGGAUCUGGCAAAACUCUUGGGUAUCUGCUUCCUGGAUUUAUGCAUAUUAAGCGUCUGCAAAACAAUCCCAGGUCUGGUCCAACAGUGCUAGUUUUGGCACCAACAAGGGAACUCGCAACACAGAUUCUGGAUGAAGCUGUAAAAUUUGGCAGAUCAUCGAGAAUUUCCUGCACGUGCCUGUAUGGUGGUGCUCCUAAAGGCCCCCAGUUAAGAGAUUUAGAUAGAGGGGUUGAUGUCGUUGUUGCUACACCUGGAAGGUUAAAUGACAUUCUAGAAAUGCGAAGGGUAAGCCUUAAGCAAAUCUCAUACCUUGUUCUGGACGAGGCUGACCGCAUGUUGGACAUGGGCUUUGAGCCACAAAUACGGAAGAUAGUGAAAGAAAUACCUCACCGUCGUCAAACCCUUAUGUACACUGCUACUUGGCCUAAGGAAGUCCGAAGGAUUGCAGAUGAUCUUCUUGUUCAUCCUGUCCAAGUGACCAUUGGAAGUGUUGAUGAACUUGUUGCUAAUAGUGCUAUUACCCAGCAUAUAGAGGUGAUCACGCCCUCGGAAAAGCUUAGACGUCUGGAGCAAAUAUUACGAUCCCAGGAUUCAGGCUCAAAAAUAUUAAUAUUUUGUACUACCAAGAGAAUGUGUGACCAACUUGCGAGGACACUCACGAGGCAGUUUGGAGCUUCGGCCAUUCAUGGUGACAAGUCCCAAAGUGAAAGAGAGAAGGUUCUGAACCAUUUUCGAUCUGGGCGGUCUCCUAUUUUGGUUGCAACAGAUGUUGCUGCACGAGGUUUAGACAUCAAAGAUAUCAGGGUUGUGAUCAACUAUGAUUUCCCCACUGGUGUUGAAGACUAUGUUCACAGGAUCGGCAGGACAGGAAGGGCUGGUGCCACUGGUGUGGCAUAUACAUUUUUCUGUGAUCAGGAUUCAAAAUAUGCGUCAGACCUAAUCAAAAUCCUGGAAGGGGCAAACCAAAAGGUGCCCCGUGAUUUAGAGGACAUGGCUUCUCGAGGUGGGCGUGGUAGGAAGCGUAACCGCUGGGCAUCCCGCUCUGACAAGGGUGGUUCACGUUCAGAACUAGAUUCUAGGUACAGUGGGAGAGAUGGACUGGCAUCUUCUGGGAGAUCAGAGAGUAGUCGUGGUGGUCGUGGAAAAGAUGAUUAUGGUGGUCGUGGCAGGCACGAUUACGGUGAAACUGAUGGACGAUCUCGAAAGUCCGCUAGAGGUCGUAGUAGAAGCCGUAGCAGAAGUGACAGUGAUAGGUACAGCCGCAGUCCUAAGAGGUCACGCCGCCAUGAUGUGCAGGCUAGCCGUGGCAGGACAAAGAGCCGUAGCCGAAGCAGGACAAAGAGCCGUAGCGGAAGCAGGAGCAGAAGUUACAGUAGAAAUCGUCAUGCUAGCCGCAGUAGGAGUCGUAGCCCUGCUGCUAGCCGCAGGUAUGAAAGGACUGGUGCUAUCUCAGGGUCUGCACGGCCUGACUCAGUGCACCCAGAGCGCAAAAGCUCUCCAAGAGCUCAUUCUGCUAAUGACCAUGUGAACCACUCUGACCACAAGGAUGACCGUCACCUGGAAGAUGGGAAGAUGGAAAAGGUUGAUCUUGAUCGCUCACCCAGCCCACAAGAUGACAAGUCUGCUCCAUAUAGCCCUGUGUACAAUGGCAAAGCCAGUGGCUCGAUGAGCCCAAACGGUCAGCCAGAAGGUGAUGCCAAAGGUGUGGAAGCUUCUGAGAAACCUGAUACUGCAUCUCCAGUACGUUACAGCAAGAACAGAGAGGAUGAAGAGGAAGGUGUCAUCGACGAGGAUGGGGAGAUUGCUGAGGAUGAUCCUCGGUCUAGUGCAGCGGUGCAAAAUGGUGAUGGUAACCGAUUAUUUUGACAAGAUUCGAAGAACAGCUGAGUGGUCGCCUGCGUCUGCAAUGACAACCAGUCUUUUAAAGCAAACUGUGGCCAUUCGCUAUCCACCAACAAUCAAGAUCAUAGAAUUGCAUUUGCAUCUUGCAUUAGAACAUUAUACUCGUCUAUUAUGGCUUUUUAACAUUGUUAUGGUGAUACCUAUGACAUUUGUGAACGAAAACAAUAGAUGUUUUACCAUCCGAUGUUCAUGACAUA